GACUUCCGGUAGAGCCCGGAGUCGUAGCGCGUCGCCGUCAUGGCAGCCGAGGAGAAGGACCCGCUGAGCUAUUUCGCGGCGUACGGGAGCAGCAGUUCAGACUCUUCGGGCGAGGAGGAUAACAGUGAGCAGGAAGACACGAACCGCAAGACCCCAGAUCCGGCAAAGUCGUCGGGCGGCUGCGGGAACAAGGCGGAGAAGCGGCUGCCGGGACCGGACGAGCUGUUCCGGAGCGUGACUCGCCCAGCCUUUCUCUACAAUCCGCUCAACAAGCAGAUCGACUGGGAUCGGUUCGUCACAGAGCUUCUUGAUGUGCUUACUUAACAGCCUCCAAAGGAAUUCAAAAUAUGGAAGUCAAAUUAUGUACCACCUCCCGAGACCUACACUACUGAGAAGAAACCUCCCCCUCCGGAGCUGGAUAUGGCAAUAAAAUGGUCGAACAUAUACGAGGACAAUGGAGAUGAUGCCCCACAGAAUGCUAAGAAAGCUAGGCUUUUACCCGAAGGGGAGGAGACAUUGGAAUCAGAUGAUGAGAAAGAAGAACAUACUUCCAAAAAGCGCAAAGUAGAACCAGGAGAAUCAGCAAGAAAGAAAAAGUAGAAAGCAACAAAGAAUGAGACUUCUGGACUGUUAAACCUGUUGAAAUGUGUCUUUGGUCAGAUUAGUUUGAUUUUGUGGAUUAUUAUGACAAAACAUCUCCAUGGAAGUAUGUGAGUUAAUGAAUUAAUAAGUAUUGCUUCAAGAACUUUCCACUGUAGAAUUCAUUUUUUUAUUUAAAACUUGUAUGUAUUUAAAACACAAAUGACGACCUGUGAUUGUGAAAAUGACAAUACUUGGAAGCAUUCUUGCUGUCCGUCACAGAGUUGGUGGUGUACUUUGAGAGUUGUCACAUACUGACAUGCCAGUGUUCUAUGAACCUUUUAUAAAGGAAUAUAUUUUUAAAGUUAAAUAUAUUGUAAUGUACUGUGAACUUGUGGGGUGCUUUUCAUCAGUGUUUGUACAGUGUAAAUAAAUCAUGGACAUAAAACUACUUAAUUCAAUAUUGCUCUUACUCCAUGACACUGACAUUUAAAUAUCUGUCACAAGUCCCCUCCUUCCCGUGUGGUAGGAUUACCAUCUAGGGAGUAUCUCCUAUGUUGCAAGUGCUUUGUGAAUAUAUUGUCUCUGAUCCUCAGACAACUUCAUAAGCAGGUGUUAGUGUCCUCAUUUUGUAAUGAGGACAACAUCAGUGAUGAACACAGAAUUUAACUCAGGAUCCUGGAACUCCAGAACGCAUUAAACCACUGGUCUGCCAAUCAAAAUCCAGAACUGCACUAACUGCCAUUUUCCCAUGGACUCGACUGUUAUAGUUGAAAUUGUUUCUACCACUGAUUGACUGACUGUAUAAAUCUACUAAAAAUAAGGGUCUUCUACAAAGGUUUACCAGAUCCAGUAAAGAAAAGUAGAGGGCACUGAUGAAAUUUGAAUUUCAAACAGUGUUUCACUAUUUGUGAUAUUUGGGACAUAGCUUACAUUAAGAAUUUACCUGAAAUUCACAUUUAACUGGGCAUCUUGUUUUUUUCUUGUUACUGUUGGGGACCACACCUAGUGGAUGCAAAACCUCCAUCAUGGUAGGCAGACCCUCUACCACCAGCUAGACCCUUGGCCCCAAACAUUUUAUCUAGCAAUACUACUUCUGUGUAGCAUAUUUUCUUCUCC